GGAGGAUGGCAGCAACGAGGAAGAACGUGCAUAUAAGAAAGUAUUUUUCAAAGAAACCUCUCACGGAGGCUCGUUUAUUGCUUCGCACUCCAGACCAGCAGGUGGCGAUGAUGCGGAUCUGAGGUGGUGGAACAACAGAAGUAAAGUCAGACAAGAAGAAGGAGCAGCUGCAGAAAAAGGAGGAUAAAAAUUGAAGAUCCGCUUCAGCACAGCCGUCCGGCCUUACCCAAGACUUCCAGCCCCGGUUUGUGGCCUGAGCUCGUCCGGAGGAAACUGUAGUAUCAGGAAAAUGUUAAGAGGAUUGAAUCCUGAAUCUACGAGAUAAAGGGUGGAGUCGAAAUCUGAAAACACAGACGGAGGCUGAUGUGAUGUUUGGUGGGAUGAAGACGAUCUGAGGAAGAGGAGCUUUGUCCUCCUUCAGCCGCUGCAGAGGAACAAUGGGCUCUUCAAAGAAGAAAUGUAAAAGACAAAGCAAAGUGAGAACUCAGCGAUCCCAGGAUGAUAAGGCUUUCUCAAUGUGAGAAAGCUUUCCCAGUUUUAUAUGCUUUAAAAGAACACCAGAACACCCACACUGGAAGGAGACCGCACUCCUGUGGCCAGUGUGGAAAGUCAUUUAAUCAUAUAGCAGCCUUGGGAAGACACCUGCGCAUCCACACUGGAGAGAAGCCGUACACCUGUGAGGAGUGUGGCAAGUCCUUCAGCUACCUGAAGGUACAUAAGAGAGCUCACACUGGAGAAAAAAGGUUCUGGUGUGAUGAGUGUGGGAAAGGAUUCACAAAACAAAAUAGUCUCAGAGAACACUAGAACAGCCAUACUGGGGAAAAAACAACAUUCCUGUGACCAGUGUGGAAAAGCUUUCUGUUGGACAGCUAGCCUCAAAACACAUAAGAAAAUACAUGAAAAUGUGAAACAGUACCUGUGUGAGAUAUGUGGAAAAGCUUUCCUCUUGAAAGGAAAUCUAAAGCAACACAGUAAACUUCAUACAAGGGAGAAGCGUUACUCUUGUGACCAGUGCGAGGAAGCUUUCACUUCAUCAGCUGAGCUCAGAAGGCACCAGCGAGUCCACUUUGGUGAUAAAGUAUACCGCUGUGAUAAGUGUGAGAAAGGAUUCACACAGUCCGGCAACCUCAAAAUUCAUCUACGCACUCACACUGGAGAAAAACCAUACAAGUGUACACAGUGUGAAAGAGCUUAUGCCGAAAAACGUAGCUUAGCAGUGCACCUAGUUGCCCACUCUGGAGUGAAACUACACUCCUGUGAUGAAUGUGGGAAGGAGUUUGCUCAAUUGGCAUACCUGAAGAGGCAUGAGCUCGUUCACAGUGGAGUGAAGGCACACAGCUGUGAGCUGUGUGGAAAGGCUUUUGUCAGCAAGAGUAACUUAAAAAACCAUCAACACAGGCAUACUGGAGUGAAACCAUACAAGUGUGAUAAGUGUGGGAAAGCUUUUUCCUCCAAGCAAGUCUUAACUCUCCAUCAGCAUACGCACUCUGGACUCAAGCCAUAUCGCUGCGACCUUUGUGGAAAAAACUUCAGCCAGAAAGUGACCCUGAAAAGACACCAACGAAUGCACACGGGAGAGGAUCUGUACUGCUGUGAAGUAUGUGGUAGAUGUUUUCCUUUGUAUUCAGGAUUAGAAGGCCACAAAGUUACACACACAGGGGAGAAACCGCAUCGCUGUGAACAGUGUGGGAAAGCUUACAUCCAUUAUCGCAGCCUAAUAAUCCACAAACGAGACCACACUGGGGAGAGACCAGUCAAAUGUGACCAGUGUGGUAUGCGUUUUAAAAGUUCCAGCUCUCUGUGGCACCAUCGACGGAUUCACAAAGGAAAGAAACCGAUCAAGUGCCAUCACUGUCAGAAAUGGAGCAGCACAUAUGGCUCAAACCCUCGCCGCUGUCAGCACUGUGGCAAUAAACCAUACCGCUGCAUCCAGUGUGGAAGCACUUUCAGCCAGCUGUUAACCUUAAGAAGACACCAGAACAUGCACACUGGACACAGACUGAACUAUUGCAAAGAAUGUGGGAGAGGCUUCCCAACACUGGGUCUAUUAAAAUGCCACAAAAUUGUCCACAGUGGGGUUAAAGGUCAUGUCUGUGAUGUCUGUGGGUCAUCAUUCACCAACGCAGGUAGUCUCCGAAGACACAAACGAAUUCACACAGGGGAGAAACCAUUCAAAUGUCGACAUUGUGAGAAAAGUUUCACAUCCUCAGGUCAUCGCACGCUUCAUGAACGUGGUCACACUGGAGAAAGACCAUACUCCUGUGACGAGUGUGGGAAAAGCUUCAGACAUUCAAGAUCUUACCGCUUACAUCACCUCAUCCACACCAAAGAGAUAAUAAUUCCUUGUGAAGUUUGUGGAAAGAUAUUCAACUCCCUGUCUUCAUUUGAGUACCACGAACGUACCCACACUGGGGAGAAACCUUUUAAGUGCAAACACUGUGGCAAAUCCUUUAUUUCAGCAUCUAUGCGCGCACGACAUGCACAUGUUCACGACAAAGAGCAACAGUAUGACUGUGACCAGUGCGACAAGAGUUUCAGGACUCACAAUUCCUACACCAUUCACAAGCGUAGCCACAUUGCAAAUAAGCAGUUUUAUUGUUACCAGUGCCCAAAAAUAUUUGCUUCAUCGCGAGCUCUGUGGAAACAUCAGGUCAAACAUGCUGAGCAGAAAUCAUUUCCUUCACUGGAUAAAAGGAAGAGCCUCAAAGCAUCUAACCAGACUUAUGGUCUCAGACUUAAAACCCUCGAAAUCAGGCUGCACAGAAUCCAGAUAUAGAUUCCUGAGAUUUUAGUUAGUGUCACAUUUUGUGUACUGUCUUAACUUUCAGUACCUUUAAAGUUCGGUAGCAGUACAACAAAAUGGUACAUUAGAUUAUCCAUUGUUUGAUGACCUUAUUGGUCUGUUGUGCAGUGGUGCUAGUUUCUCUAUAGGCCCUGAGAAAACCAGUAAAAAUGUAGAGUAAAAAAGUGGUUUAGACAUUGAAAUUAUAAAAAAAAAAUAUUGUUAAAAAGGGUAAAUAAGCAAAUUAAAUUACCUCCAGGACUAUAAGGGGACUUGAGCCUAAAUGAAGGAAACACUUGGGCCUUUGUUAAUGUUGCAUGUUCCAUUAGCUCAGUCAGUCAAAUUUUAGACAGAAUGUUUUGGUUUGGUUAGAUUCAAAAUUAGUCCACACAAGUUCUUAUUAGAUAAAACUGUUCAAACUGGAAAGUGGAAACAGUCUGAAAAAAUUUACCAGUGCUAGAAUUUUUCAAACCAGCAACUGCCAGUCAGUGGAAAUGGAGUAUUUGCAUAUGUUUAAUACACUUCCUCUGGGUGGUUAUAAAAGUUUUAGUUGCAUACUUUUAAUUUAGUUUUUGUUUUUUAUGUUCUUUGUCAACACUUCCUUUGGAUUUUAGCAACAUUUGAACAUUGGUAAGGGUGAUGCAAGCGUGAGUCUCCAUAAUCGCAUUAUUUUCAUCAUCAUUGUUGCCUCAGACCACAGCAUUGUGGUUUAGCUGUCAGAAAUUGUAUUAUCUUUCUUGUUUUGCUACUCAGAAUUUGUAAAGAAGAUAAGACUUAACCUUUUGUAGGGGACUGAAAAAAAUGAAAAGUAUUAUUAUUAUUAUUAUUAUUAUUAUUUUACUUCUCUGACUUUUUCUCUCAAGAUUUUUGGUUCAAUAAGUGUGGUUCGUCAUCUCGUAAGGUUGUUGAGGAAAUUUACUGACCAUUUGAAUGCAGUUCUGAAUGAAAAAAAUACUGGUUCGUCAGAGCUUAAUGAUUAUUUGCCAGCUUUUUCUGUGUAGUUAUUAUUUUUUUGCAUUAGUAACUAAGAAAUUCCUAAAGUUCACUGGGAAGUGUUCGUCUCAAGUCAGCCGGUUGAUUGUUGAAGGUUAAACUAGCUUUUUAUUAGAAAAGAGCACUGUAUUCAACUUUUUUGUUCAUCUAAAUAUUAAACGUUAUCUGUUAGAUGUUCA